AUGCACAAGGAAAAUAGCAAUACGCUGCAGCACCAACUUGUCUGUAUAGCUAGGUCUCCCAUUUUCUAUUUUGAUCAUUUGUUCAAAAACAAUGGCAAUUACUACAAUCAAGGGUUCCAGCGUCGAGAAGAGCUUCUAGACAGCUGUGCCGUUUUGGGAAUACCAGCCUCCCAAGUCACUAUACACAACUGCAAAGAACUGCCAGACAAUCCCAACGUAGAAUGGAGCAUCUCAAUGGCCUCCUCUCUAAUCCUGAAGCACAUAAGAGCCCACUCCAUCAACCUGGUGCUGACCUUCGAUGGAAGGGGAGUGAGUGGCCAUAGCAAUCACACUGCCAUCUACAAGGCUGUCAGCUACCUGGCUUCCAUUGGCAACAUACCAGAUGACUGCAGUCUCCUCUCUCUGUCGACCAUUGGUGUUCUCAGGAAGUACCUGUCCUUCCUGGAGCUGCCUAUCAGCUGGCUCCUCCCAUCAGAUCUCUGCUGCGUCAUAGGCUCAAAGGGCUACGUUCAAGCUAAGAGGGCCAUGCUCUGUCACCGUACUCAGCUCCUGUGGUUUCGUUACCUCUACAUUUGGUUUUCACGCUACAUGAUUAUCAACACAUUCCAAGUUAUUGAUCAAGGACCAAAGAAUCUGAAGAUCUAUUAGUGAAAAAUUAGGUUCCUGAUUAAUCUUCUGAGAACACUGUUACUUGGGUUUGUUAAUCUUACUGUAAUCAGUUUGCGCAUCUUUUAUUAUGUUUUGCCUCAUCUGACAUAUUGAUCUCAUAGCACUGAUAUAUUCAGACAUACCUAUUGCUACCUAUUGAUUGAAUGUAGAUAUMAUAUUUUUCAAACUUUUUGUUGUUGAAGGAAAUACAUUAUUAAAGUUUCUCUUCCACUCAUUGCCAACAUUGUUAGUUGGGAACAGUUUACUUAUGAUCGUUAAUACACUAUUCUCAGUUUACUGUAAAAAUGUUGACAUAUACUGACACUGUAAAUGAAUAGUGAAUUUGUCAAAUGUAAGUAAAAUGUGAAUACAUAGACAUUGAUUGUAACCAAACAGGGUCCUUUUUAUUUUUGGAAAUGAUGUACAAAAGCUAGAACAAAUGUUCAAAUUGUUAAUGAACCAAAAAAGUUCAUUUAAUUUAGAAUAAAAAUGUGUCUCAGUUAUAAUACAAUAAAGGACUGUGUUUGAUCUCA